AGUUUCUCCCGAUGGCACACAACUUAUCUAGGAUAAAGAUGAGAAUUAUAACUUGAGUCGUUCGAACGAAAGUUCAAAGGAUGUUAAACUCCUUGUUGUACGUCGCGUUAAAGGUCAAAUAUUUUCUCAACUACGAGAAGCCAAUCCAAACAAGAGAAGAAAACAGGUGGACUCGUGGAAGAGGCCAAUGUCCGGACAGUAAGAAGACACAGAGAAGAGGCUACCGAAGAGAAGCCAUCGAGGUGGCCAUCGAUGAGGUAUCGUAGCUUCUCUCGAGCAUUCAACCGCGAAAGGAAUACCGGUUUUUCGUCCAGAAAUAGAUGGUAGUACGUAUAGAUUUAAACGAUAGUGAUUCUAGCAGUGAAGAUUUUGCUCGAACUUUGCGAACCUCUUCUUUUUCUUCUUCUUCUUCUUCUUUUUCUUCUUCUUCUUCUUCUUUUUCUUCUUCUUCUUCUUCUUCUUCUUCUUCUUCUUCCUUCUUCUCAUCUACGACGUACAGUUCGCUUACAUUUUUACAAAAGUUCGCGUUGUAUGAAGAUCCGCAACCGAUCCGAUCCAAUCCGAUCCGAUCCAACCCUCUCUACUUAAGUGUUGUGUUGUGUCUUGUUUUAUAUAUACAUCACACAAAGUAAACGGUCAUUUCCCAAUCAUGUCGUUUGUUUUUUACGCCUUUGCAUUUUGUUUUCACACUUAUCUUCUACUCGACACGGUACUUACCAAGCCUACCGUGACUUAUGAUCAACGGCAGACAGGCGAGCACAACGUUCGAAUCGACUUGAAGGAUCUGAAGAUACUCGCUUUUGUUGAUUCUAAGAUAUUAGAAGAUUACACGGAUUAUGAUUACUUUUACGAUUACGCUGACUUUACCAUAAAACCGAUUUCAAAGCCCACGACCUCGUCCUCGGUUGAACCCUCGAGUACUUCGUCCAUUAAUGCGUCUACAUCUUCGACCGUCAAAACGGAUUCUACAGAAAUUACACCAACGAACGAUUCAAUGACAACUACAUUAAGGAUCGAACAAUCUACGGAAAAUGCAACGAUAUCAACGAUAGAAGAUAAAAUAGAAACUUCGUCUAAUAAAGAAGAUGUCAUAGUAAUUGCAAGAUCACCGUUAAAAAAGAGAGCACAGCUUAGAGAUAUCUUGAAGAUACAAUCAUCGAAUAAUCGUUCUAAAUUCGUAUUAUCUGGAUAAUAAUUAAAUUAUUUUAAUUAUUUUACUUUAAUUUUUAUUUAAUGUCAAACACGAAAGCGACAUUUGUCUAUGUACUUUGUGUUCAUUUUUUCUUAUUUUUUCUUUUUUUUUUUAUUUUCUUUCUUUCUUUUUUUUUUAUUCGUGCGUUUGUGCGCGUAAGUGCGCGCAUUCAUGUAACGCAAAUUUAUUGGUAAACAAUUAAAUGUAAAAUUAUCCGUCAAUAUGGACAAGGGAGAUUAUAUUUCGAUGAUGGUUUUUUUUUUUUUUUUUUAUAUAUAUAUAUAUAUAUAACAUAUUUCCGUACAGAAUUUGAUCGAUUUUAUUAUUUACGUGGCUUGUCGAAAGCUUGAGAUUUUCAUUGAUAAGACUUUAUUCAUUUAUAAGAUUAUAGUUACAUCUCAAAUAUGUAUUUUAUAAAUAUUGAUAAUGUAAUCAUGUUUUGAUUUUAAUUAACGUUUUUGAAAUUAUAUGAUAUAAGUUUUUCGCAA